UCCAACGCGAAUAACAUGGACCGGUGGUUACAACCUUGCGGCAACCCGGUGGCGAUGCAGUUCAAGAGGAUGCCGCAGAGGCACAGCGUGCAUAGGACGCUGAAGAGGGUGCGGACGCAGCUGCGUAUAGCCCAGAAUCACUUCAGAAUGCAUCUGAAGGAUGUGCACGAGAUAUACUCGAAGGUGUACAAAGUGCUGAAGGGGCAGUACAGAAUGCCAUGGCUCCCGGAGAAGGAGUUCGAGUGGUAUUUCAGGGAGGUUUGGUGUCUCGAAAAGGGAAAGAAAGCUGACCGUGCGCUUCCGCAUCUUCACGAUUCGCUCCAAAGGUUCGCCAUCACGUUCCAUCAUCUCAGAACUUUCCGUCUGAAAUCUAAUAUUAACGCCGAUCACACGAUGAACAGGAGAAACGAGAUCAUUAAUCAAAUGCACAAUGAGAUCCUUAGGGUAUUGUGCGAGGUGGAAACGGCCAUCUUGAACCUAGGGUUGCAAGUUCCCACAGCGCAUACGACCAAAAUCGUGACGGAAAGCUCGAACUGGGCCAAGGAAGGGGACCUGACGUUGAUGUUGAUCCAAGACUGGGGCGUGAUCAGAUUGUAUCAGACGUUUCUGAACGCCUGGACGAAAGCCUUCCGGAACGCGACUGCCCCUGGACCAGGCACUUGCGAUCCUAAUAGGCAGAAUCCGGGAGCGACGAACAUUAAUAGGCAGAAUCCGGGAGCCAAGAACAAAGGAUCUGGGCCAAAGGGUAAAAGGAUAUCGAAGAUUAAGAAGCAAAAGAGGCCGGUCAGGAAGCAUCCGGAGGGCGCCGGCCAGAAUAGUUCCUUGCCUCAGGGACCAAAAACGGGUAUUCCGAGGAACAGACUGCUGAGAAACAAACAAAAGAAGCUCGCGGGGAUGUGA